AAGCAAAAAAUAACAUUUAUUUAUUCACCUGAAAAUUGAUUGUUUCCUUUGGUUUAAUGAGUAGUCUGUUUAAAUCACCUUCUCGUCAAUGACCUACGACAUUGUCACAUCAUAUGAAUUGAUUCAUUACCAUAAUAUUAAUAUGAACAGUAUCAAGUAUGAAUGAUCAAGUGAAUCUCCUCUGGUGUAGCCAGUCCCUGUCGUGUUCUAACCAUGAAUCUCCUGACCACUGACCAGCUAGCACGGUGUUGAAAACCAGUGAUGCUAUAGCAAGCCACUUCUACACCAGCGACCAAGGUGAAGAACACAGAGCACCAAGAACUUGGCUGUCAGAGAACCGCGCCAGAGAUGUGACGUCACCUGUUAGGACUCGCCGAAUCCAACUAGUUGGGGCACGAACGACUUGCGCUCUAAAGCAGACAGGCAGCAUGCAGGCAGCUGGCAGGCAGGCACAGAGGUGAAGAACGGGACUCUGAAUCACGAUUUCGUGAUGCGCAAUCCGUGCGUAAAAACAGACACAGACUCAAUUGCCAGAGAUGGCAUUCCAAUACCAACAAAACUCAAAACAAUUGAGCUUUAAAUGACGUAUAUUCUCUGAAAUUACCUUCGAUUCAAAUCAUGGAAAAUGUGUCCAUCUCCACGAGCGCUUCGCAACCGGUGUGCAACGAGUCAAUGGACUACUAUUACCUUAACGGGCAGAACCGGACAGACUUGAACUGCACGCCCCCUUCGGAGCUCUACUUUUACGCAGACUUAUACGUGGUCCUGCCGGUGAUUUACUCAGUUAUAUGUGCGGUAGGUCUAACGGGGAAUACUGCCGUCAUAUAUGUAAUUCUCAAAGCACCCAAGAUGAAGACGGUCACCAAUAUGUUCAUCUUGAACCUGGCCAUAGCCGACGACCUGUUUACCUUGGUGCUGCCUAUCAACAUUGCUGAGCACCUGCUACACUACUGGCCCUUCGGUGAGGUGCUGUGUAAGAUCAUACUGAGUAUAGACCAUUAUAACAUAUUUUCCAGUAUCUACUUCCUCACUGUCAUGAGCGUGGACCGUUAUCUGGUCGUCCUUGCAACCGUGCGCUCCAAACGAAUGCCCUACCGCACUUAUCGGGCGGCGAAGAUCGUCAGCCUGUGUGUCUGGGUCCUAGUGAUUCUGAUCGUCAUGCCCUUCACUGUGUUCGCUGGUGUUUAUAUUAGCCCGGACGACACAGAGCGCAAAAGUUGUGUUCUGAGUUUCCCCAGCCCGGAAAGCCUGUGGUUCAAGGCAAGCCGGAUCUACACCCUUAUUCUCGGCUUCGCUAUCCCUGUCUCCACGAUCUGUAUUCUCUACACCAUGAUGCUUUACAAACUGAGGAACAUGCGUCUCAACACCAACGCCAAGGCGCUUGACAAGGCCAAGAAGAAGGUCACCAUCAUGGUGUUUAUAGUGCUGGCAGUGUGCCUGUUCUGCUGGACGCCGUUCCACCUCAGCACUAUAGUGGCACUCACAACAGAUCUCCGGACAACCCCGCUGCUCAUCGGUAUCUCCUACUUCAUUACAAGUCUUAGCUACGCCAACUCGUGUCUCAACCCUUUCCUCUACGCCUUCCUCGACGAUAGUUUCAGGAAAGCGUUUAAAAAGAUGCUAGAAUGUAGACCUGCCUGAUUGUAUUGCGGCAAAGAUUAGAUCAGAGACAGAGGUUACUUGAAGCAGUUGCGUUGUUCUCUGCAGAACAGAAGAGAUGUUCGAAAGCAAAGUUACUUUAAAUUAGUUUAUUUUCCGGGCUUUUAUCUCCCCCUUGUGCUGAAAGAGAGUAAUGAAGUGACUAAAAGAAAGAAGAAAAUUGUGUACACUUUAUUGUAAAUUGUUACUAGGCCUUCUGUGUCAGCGUAGCUGAUGGUAUAUAUUCAUCAGUGUAAAAGGUAUCUUCAGUUAAAGUUGACAAACAGGUUUACUGCAAAAUGUAAACAUCUAUCGCCACUGCCCACACAAUAUGGCGAAAAUAGGCAUCAAUGCAUCAUACCAUUCAAGUUGAUCAACGAUUGUGUGGACUUCAACUGCACGGUUGUUUUAAGAGGCCAAAUUAGCUUCUCCGUGACAGAGUAAAUCACUGCUUGCACUUAAAACGCGUAUUAUGAACAGAGACAUGGUGUCAUGCAUUUCAUGGAUUUUUAUAUUUGCUGAAAAAUUAAACAUAUUCCAAUAGCGGAUUGUGGUUCUUUGGCGUCCUACAUUAAGACACAAUCACAAUUGGAACUCAGAGUUAGUCACACACAC